CGGAAGUGAUUUCGUCAGAACCCCUCGAAACGAAAGGAACCAAAACAAAGGAUUUUGGUGGGUAUUUCUUGGCCGAUUCCGGACGUUUCUGCGAUGGCCACCGGCGGGGAACCGACGAUAGAAGCUCUGACGUGCUCCAUCUGCCUCGAGAUCUUCCUGAAGCCCGUCACGACGUCGUGUGGCCACACGUUUUGUUCGUCCUGUAUUGCGCCCUGUCUGCAGCUGGCCUCCCCAAACUGUCCCCUGUGCAGGGAGGUGUUCGACCCACAGAAGGCCAAGAAAAACUCCUCCAUCGACAAGCAGGUCAACAACACCAAGGGGAGCUGUAAGGGCUGCGGAAAAAAGAUGUCUCUGGCCAAGAUGCGUUCCCACAAUUCCUCCUGUUCUAAGCUGACUAAGACCAUGCCCAAGUUCUCACCAGUGGCGCCCACUUCCCAGCCCAUUCCAAGCAAUGUGCCUAACCGCUCCACGUUCAUGUGCCCGUACUGUGGACUGAAGAACCUGGACUGUUCCGCGCUGGUCAGGCACUGCAACGACGCCCACCGCGACGACAACAAACAAGUGGUGUGCCCUAUAUGUUCCUCCAUGCCGUGGGGAGACCCCAGCUUCAAGAGUGCUAACUUUAUCGGUCACCUGAAUGUCCGGCACAAGUUUGAAUAUGACACAUAUGUGGAUUUUGAAGCAGAUGAUGAUUCUAUGUUGGAGGAGGCCAUCAGAAGAUCUCUGUCUGAAUAGUAGUCAUGCAGUCUUACCCAAUUAUACAUGAACAUCACUGGCUGAGGGCACAAGGAUCCCAGACCUGGCCUCUCCAGACACAUGGAUGUCAACCAACAACAAGGCAGAGCUGAGACAACGUCAAAAUCACAACACCUCAUAUGUCAAAUACUUUAUCUCAGUGUACUUAAUACCAACUAAUUACUCUUAACAUAUUGUGUAAAACAGACUAACUUGGAGGGAAACCGAUAUAACCUGUAAAUUAUCAGAUUGUGUUGAAUGAAUUAUGAUUUUAAUACAUCCAUGUAAUAUUCGCACUAAACUAGAAAUGAAUCAUUGCCACUUUUGAGGGAUGUAGUCUUGAUAGAAUAUUGAACUAAGUACCUUAAUCUGCUCUUAGGGACUUGGAGAAGUUUUAGUCUGAAAUGUGUGCCUGCAUUUACUUCCCAGGGAUAGCUGUUGUUAUUGUAGAGUUAGCAUAUGUACAUGUGUAUAUCAUGUUUAUAGGUGAUACUGGUAUCAUAUUUUGUAUUGUUAGCUGUAUCCAUGUUGUAAAUAGAGUAAUACAAACAGCCAUAGGGUCAGAAAGGGUACACAUACACUGUAUACUGAUAUUUACUCUUAUCAGGCAGGUACUGUUGUUGAAGGGUUGGUAUCUGACUGGUAUACUGUACUUAUGAGAUGUGCUAAACACUGGUAAAAGUUUGUUAUCUAGGUCAAGAUGGAAAAUGAUGAACCUUGUUGUUUUGAAGACAUUUAGGGGCAUUGUUGAGAAGACAUUUAAAAGUGGAGACAUGAAGAGAUGUGUGUACAGGUCUGUACUUUUUCUUGAAGUCAUCCAGUGAGACAGAGAAGCUGACAUGUUGAUGGACCCAUACUUGAUAGACAUUUCUGAGACAAGACAAUAUCUGUCUUGGUGACAACUAUUGUUUGUACAUGUCAGCACAGUUGAAAGCAAUUUUACCUUUUGUACAGAAACUAUUUAGUUCUGUGUAGGUUUUAGCUGUGGUUUACACAAGGUUAAAUCACACAACUUGAAGGUUAAAUCACACAAGGCUAUAGCAAAACGUAGGAGUCACAAGAAAGACUCUGUGCAUGUUUUACGUAGUUGUAAAAGUUGAUCAUUCCUAACAAGAUGAUAUAGAUCCAGAUACAAGCAUUCCUUAGACACUUUGAAAGUUAUAUCGGUGAAGUGUGAAGAGGGUAUGUGCAAAAUAAAUGGAUAUUGUCUGAGUUCUUCAUAUCUAUUUGUUAUAUCCCAUAUCUCAUAAUGCAUAACGUAGUUCAUUUAGAAGAGAUGUGGUAAGAAAAAGGUUGUUGUUCAGACCAGUUCAGUUCAGUUGAUGUAAACAAAAUGUCCAUGCAAGGUUUGUCAGAAGAAUGUAUUGUGUGGUGCUAAGGUUUGUUAAUAGAAGGCAAGUGUUGUUUUAGAGGUACACUUCAAAUACAGAACUCGAGCUGUCUGCUUUAUCCUUAUUGUAUUCCACAUCUUUCUUUGGAGAUGGACCAUAUGUAUACAUUAUUUAUAAAGUCACAGGCAACUAACAACUUUUGAAGUAUAAGAUUUAUUUAUCCUGAUAUGUGUUCAACUAAAUUGAUAUUUCUCUUUGGAUAGAUAUUAUGUCAUCUAAAUAACCGCUAUCAUUAUUACCAUAAUGUAUAUUUACAUCGAAGUGUAUUCUAAUACAACUAGAUCAUCAUUCUAAUGAUAUUUACUGUUUUAGUUUGAUAAGCAUUGUACUGACAACAUUGCCAAUAAAAGGGGGCUAGAAUGCCACAGGAAUGCUAUUUAUUCAUUGUAAAUAGCCUUUUACUGUCACCUUUUUGUCACUCGUUGGAACAACAUUUAACCUACAAUAUUUGUAAAUAUUUCCAGCGUGGGGUUUCCACCAUCCUUAGUUCGGUGUGCUGGCCACAGAUCAGAGAUACAGAUAGGGUAAGUAGAAGGAAAAUCAAUAUGAUGCCCCGGGUGUUAAUACCCAGCAAAAAGCCUUAGAAGUAAAUCAGUCGAUCGACUUUUGCACUUGCCC